CAGCUGCAGACGGACGGCAUGAAAACUGCGUGUGGUGGGAGUUCAUCAAAGAAAACAGGACAAUAGCAGACAAAAGGUUCGUGCAGGACGGAUCUUUUCCGGCAGGACUCUGGAGAUUUCUUUUGGAAAGAAAAGCUGCAGCUCUGUCUCCGCCCGUGCAUGUCCCAUCCAGAGGGGCGCAAACCCGCAGCGGAGGGUCGCACCGACUAUCACUGAGCACCGAGAGCCGCCAGGUAGCAGCCCGCCGCCGGCAUGACCCUCACACGGAGCUCCGUCCUCCUCCCCGCCGCCCUCAGCCUGCAGCUCCUGCUGCUCUCCGCCCGCAUGCAGGUCUCUUCAGCUUCGGGACACUUUGAGCUUCAGAUUCUGUCGAUGCAGAACGUGAAUGGGCAGCUUCAGACCGGGGCCUGCUGCGACGGAUCCCGGGACGCAACGGAUCGGCGGUGCACGGCGGACGAAUGUGACACCUACUUCCGCGCGUGUCUGAAGGAGUACCAGCUGAAGGUUUCCUCGGCCGGGCCCUGCAGCUUCGGCGCGGCCUCCACGCCCGUGCUCGGCGGGAAUACCUUUGCUUUACGCAACGCCAAGAGCGACAAAGCCAGGAUCGUGUUGCCGUUCAGCUUCGCGUGGCCGAGGUCGUACACAUUGAUCCUGGAAGCCUUGGACUUCAACAACGACUCUUCCUCCAGCGAAGCUGUUGUGUUUCCAGGCGCCGGCGGGGCGCUGAUCGAGAAGGCCGUCCACUCGGGGAUGAUCAACCCCGGCCGGCUGUGGCAGAGCCUGAAGCACAACGGUCCCGUGGCUCAGGUCCACUUCCAGGUCCGCCUCAGCUGCGACGAGCACUACUACGGCUUCGGCUGCAACAAGUUCUGCCGCCCGCGAGACGACUUCUUCGGCCACUACGAGUGCGACCACAACGGCAACAAGACGUGCCUGGAGGGCUGGUCCGGACCAGACUGCAACACCGCCAUCUGCAGACAGGGCUGCAGUACUGAACACGGAUCCUGUAAAGUCCCUGGAGAGUGCAAGUGUCUGUAUGGCUGGCAGGGGGAGUACUGUGACCAGUGUAUCCCUCAUCCCGGCUGUGUUCAUGGCAGCUGUGUGGAGCCCUGGCAGUGUCUCUGUGACACCAACUAUGGAGGACAGCUGUGUGACAAAGAUCUGAACACGUGUGCGACGCUGCAGCCGUGUCUGAACGGAGGAACCUGCAGCAACACGGGACCGGACAAAUACCACUGCUCCUGUCCCGACGGCUUCUCUGGGGUCAACUGUCAGAGAGCCGACCAUGCCUGUCUGUCCAGCCCCUGUUUGAAUGGAGGGAGCUGUGUGGAGACCAGGACCAGCCAGGGUUUUGAGUGCCGCUGUGCUCCUGGUUGGACCGGACCCUCCUGCUCCAUCAAUGUGGACGAGUGUCUGGUGAACCCCUGCAGUCAUGGAGGAACCUGCCAGGACCUGGUUAAUGGUUUCAAGUGUACCUGUCCUCCUCAGUGGAGCGGGAAGACCUGCCUCAUCGAUGCCAACGAGUGUGACGACAACCCCUGCAUCAACGCCAACUCCUGCCGGAAUCUGAUUGGAGGAUACUUCUGCGAGUGCCUCCCAGGCUGGACGGGCCAGAACUGUGACAGCAAUAUCAACGACUGCCGAGGGCAAUGUCAGAACGGAGCGACAUGCAAGGACCUGGUGAACGGUUUUAAGUGUGUGUGUCCUCUGGGAUUCGGCGGCGAACGCUGUGAGAAAGACGUGGACGAGUGCUCCAGCGGCCCGUGCCUUAACGGCGGCCGUUGCCAUGACGAGAUUAACGGCUUCCACUGUCUGUGUCCACCUGGUUUCUCUGGGAGUCGCUGUCAGUUGGAUAUUGAUUACUGCCUCCACGGUCCGUGUCAGAACGGCGGCCGGUGUUUCAACCUGGCGGCCGACUACGUCUGUCAGUGUCCCGAAGACUACGAGGGGAAGAACUGCUCGCGCCUGAAGGACCACUGCCGCAGCACGCCAUGCAAAGUGAUUGACAGCUGCACUGUGGCGGUGGCGUCCAAUAGCACACCAGGCGGGGUGCGUUUGAUUUCGUCCAACGUGUGCGGCCCUCACGGGCGGUGUCGGAGUCAUCCCGGCGGGCAGUUCAGCUGCGAGUGUGAGGAGGGAUUCACGGGGACCUACUGCCACGAGAAUAUUAAUGACUGUGAGAGCGCCCCCUGUCUGAACGGAGGAACCUGUAUCGAUAAAGUCAGUCAGUAUCAGUGUAUCUGUGCCGACGGCUGGGACAGACCCACCUGCCUGAACAACAUCGAUGACUGCAGCUCUGCUCCCUGUCAGAACCGAGGAGUCUGUCGAGACCUGGUCAGCGAUUUCUACUGUGAGUGUAACGACGGAUGGAAGGGAAAGACCUGUCACUCAAGAGAGAGUCAGUGCGAUGAGGCGACCUGUAACAACGGAGGAACCUGCUACGACGAAGGCGACGCCUUUAAGUGUGCGUGCGCCGCCGGCUGGGACGGAGCCACCUGUAACAUCGCGAAGAACAGCAGCUGUCUGCCGAGUCCCUGUGAGAACGGAGGAACCUGCGUGGUGGACGGAGACUCUUUCAGCUGCGUCUGUAAGGAGGGCUGGGAGGGCGCCACCUGCAGCCACAACGCCAACGACUGCCGCCCUCAUCCCUGUUAUAACAGCGGCACCUGCGUGGACGGAGACAACUGGUAUCGAUGUGAAUGCGCUCCGGGGUUCGCCGGCCCAGACUGCAGGAUCAAUGUCAACGAGUGCCAGUCGUCGCCGUGCGCCUUCGGCUCCACCUGCGUGGAUGAAAUCAACGCUUAUCGCUGCGUCUGUCCACCGGGAAGGAGCGGCUCGCGCUGCCAAGAAGUGUCGGGGAGGCCCUGCGUGGUCGGAGGGCUGGUGGCUCUGGACGGAAACAUAUGGGACGAAGACUGCAACACCUGCCGCUGUCGGGACGGGAGGGUCACCUGCACAAAGCUCCGUUGUGGACCCAAACCCUGCAGCCUCCACAGUCAGGCUCGUGGCUCCGAGUGUCCAGCCGGGCAGACCUGCGUCGCCGUGCUGGACGAACGCUGCUUCGUCAAGCCCUGUCCCAGCCAGGGGGAGUGCUGGAGCCCCGCCCACCGGGCCCCGCCCACAGCCAGGUGUCACCCAGAGAGCGACUGCGCCAACGUCACCUUCACCUUCAACAAGGACGUCAUGACAAGGGGUGUGACGGUGGAGCAGGUCUGCCGAGACCUCAGGAGCCUCUACGUCGUCAAGAAUCUGUCCACCGACUCCUCCGUCUCCAUGAGCUGCGAGCCGUCGCUCGGCGCCAACAACGAGAUCCACGUCGCCAUCUCGACAGAGGACCGCAGGAGAGGAAUGACCUUCGUCAAGGAGAUCACAGACCGGAUCAUGGAUCUGGUCAGCAAGAGGAGCGCCAACAGCAGCAUCAUUAGCGCCAUCGCCGAGGUUCGCGUCCAGAGACGACAGAGCCACAACUCCGACGCAGAUCACCUCGUGCCCCUGCUGGUGUCCGUGCUGAUCGUGGUCUGGGCGUUGGUGAUCGCCUCGAUGUUGCUGUGGUGCGUCAGGAGGCGGAGGAAGCAGAGCGCCCACGCCGCGGUCGGCACGCAGCCGUCGUCGUCGUCUUCGGCUCCCGCGGCGGAGGACAACAACGCCCUCCAGAACAGCGUCAGCGCCGCCCGCGAGCAGCUCAACCACAUCAAGAACCCCAUCGACAAAAACCCACCGAACCACCACCUCCACCACCACCCCCACCUCCUCCAUCACCACCUCUGCGAGGACAAGAACUCCGUCAACGCCAAGAUCAGAAGGUCAGACACGGGAAGCCAAUCGGACGAGGACGAGAUGGACAAGAGGGUGCAGAAGGCGAGGUUCCCUCGGGCGCCGCCGGCGUACUCGCUGGUGGACUGGGAGGAACGACCCCCCUGCCGUACGCCGGGCCAGCCCCCACACUGGACUAGCAAACGGGACAACAGGCAGCUGCAGUCACAGAGCGUCAACAGGAUGGAGUACAUCGUGUAGCCGGCAGGACUCCGAGUGACUCCACAGUCCUUCUGCUUGUCGUCUUUUUUUUAUCCAGAUUUGGAUUUUGCUGUUUAAUUUAUGUUCUGACUGACGCUGGUCUCAACGGUCCACUGCGGUUGGCUGGUUCUCCGGUUUCGUGGACUGCCUGAAUCUGGACGAUCGGUUUGUUUCGUUUAACGGUGAGUUCUGUGUUGGAACGAGCCGCUGCCUUGUGGCGCCCGACGACUUUGGGAAGAAGAAAAAAAUAUUUAUUUUGUUUUUUGGGUAAAUUUGAGUCGAUAUGAAGAAUCGUCCGUGUGGAAUGUUUCUGUAAAGACGUGUAAAUAAUUUUCUAAUUAAUCAUUGUGUAUAUUUGAUUUAUUAACUUAAUCGUUGAGAGCCUUAAGAUAUUCCUCUCUUUAUUUAUGAGAAUCGUUUUGAGUCGAAGGUUUGAAGCUUUGUAAGCUCACGACUUCUUGAUGGAAAGAAGUUUUUUUAAAUACGUUUUUUUCGUCAACGCCAGAAGUGUUCUUGAAAGAAUAGUUUAUUUUUAGCCUUUUGGAUUCUGGCAUUUUUGUGCCUCAACUAAAUGUUUUUGUACGUUGUCUGUUUGGCAGGAUGUUCAGUUGUAAGUAGUUUACAUGUAAAUGGAGGGGGGGGGGGUGGAUGCUGGGUGGUUUGGUCAGAUUUAGCUGCUGCAGGGUCUUUUUAUACAAACCAACAUGGUGUGUGUGUGUGUGUGUGUGUGUUUGAAGGGCUGUUUGAGGUUUCAGGGUUUCAGUCUUGGUUUGAAGGGUCAGGUUUCGAUCAGGCAUUUAGCUGUGAUGGUUCUGGUUAGGGGCUGUGGAACACAUUAUGUCAAUGAGGGUCCUCAGAGGGAUAGAAGUGUGUGUGUGUGUGUGUGUGUGUUUGUGUGUCUUUCAGCUCUCCCAGGUACCGCCCUCCCGCUGUGAUUGGUCACACCGGUGUUCAGAGAGAUGCAGUGGGGUCCAGUGGGCCGUUUAGCAGCUUUCAGCCUGCGUGUUGCUAACAUACUCGGCUCGUGGUGACCGGGAGCGGUAGUCUGACUCCCUUUCCGAGGGAGGAUUCUGCUUUUGCUACUGAAAAGAAAUUCUUCAAGGGACGCAACUUGUUUUGUAGUGAUUUUGUAUAUUUUGUAAAAUAAGAGUGUAACAGGCUUUGGAUCCUGUUUCAUGUGUUUGUAACAAUCUGAAUGAUCAAACCUGCGUACAUAAAGGGGCCCUGUGGAGUUUUCUUAUCAAGUUGUUGCUCAUCAAACCACAUCGUGUCGAGCAAACGUGUCGAAUCCUCAUUAAACAUUCACAGAUUUUAUUUUUAAGCAUUUGAAAUCCUCCUUGUUCAUCCACGUUCAGCAGAUUCAAGUCUUCUUCCCUUCCUGUGCGAGCACAUUGCUGCGUUUCUUAGCGAGUUAGCGCCACCUGUUGAUCAGUGUGACAGCACUGGUGGGAAUCUGGAUCCUCGUGCUCCACGACGCUACGAGAUGUCUAAAACUCCACGGGGGCCUUUCAGGAAGUACUUGAAGAGAGGCUUCAGCAAACACUGUAGAGCUGUCAUGUGACGAGUUGCCUGUUGUUGGUUGGAGGAUAAAAUAAGGCUGUGAACCAGGUGUGAUGAAGGUCGUCAGCCCCUUUAGUUUAUGAUAAAGGAAUAAAAACGAUGUUUUUCUCGCACAUUUCACUUCAGUGUUUUUUGGACCUUGAGAAAUAAAAGUCUUUGUUUGU